AUGCAACGGCAGGCUUUCGGCCAUGCAGCACUUGACCGUCUCGCAGGUUGGCGAGGACGUGAAGUUGCAAGCAGGCGGAGCGUGUCACGGGCACAUCGCGGGCAUUGGACCUCGAACAUUCAGGAGCGCCGUCGGCAAGGACCAUGUUCCGAAUUCAAUCUCGCGAGUUCAAGGCUGUCUUUGCGGCAGAAGCUACCAGGCCGGGAGCACCUGCACGACGACGCCCUGGCGCAGCAAUGCCAGCCGGCUCGGGCGCGAGAGUUGCGCUUCGGCCCCUUGGCCGGUGCCUUCUCAGCUCAGCCGCCUCUGCAUCAAGUGCAUGCUCUGCUGCAGGGCUGUCUCCUCCUGCUGGCUGUGAUGCGGAGCAUCAGUCUCCAGAUCCUGGGAUUCGAGCCGGGGGAAAAAAUCAGAGACCGCAGGAAAUUCUAG